GCUAUUAGUUUCAAAAAUAGAAAAACCAAUCAAUAACCUACCAUGGGCAAAAUGGUACUUCAAUGAACUCACUUUGUCUUAGCAGUUCUUACCAUUUUCAACUUCUCAGAUUCUGUGUAUCCACGCAAAAGAAGCACUGUGUAAAGCUUUUUCUAACCUUUAAACCGAUCUCAUAUAUUCACACUUAUCAAAAUUAUUUCUUUAUUUUUAUUUUCAUAUGAACAUCUGAAUAUUUAUUACGCACUCUGCCAGUUGUUAUAAUCGAAUAUCGACCUCAUAGAUCUCAAUCUCAUUGUCUUUACCAUUCGAAACACAGUUUUGUUUCCACUGUUUUCUUAACCUUUAAUUGUUAUGCAUUUACUCAAGCCAUGAACUUGAAAAGACUUUCACUUGGGGAACAGUUUCCAUGGCUGAGAAGAAAAGUACUUUCAGGGUUUGGUUUGGGAGUUGGGAUUUCUCUCAUUGUUUUUGCUGUGCUUUAUCUUGGCCAAUUUCAAAAGGGUCUGAUGUUUCAAGGAUUUCAAAGUGUUGGCGUGAACUCUUCUUCUUCUGGUAAUGGUAAUAGUUCCUCUGCCAUUUCAGAACUUAGUAAAGUAAAUCUUGAAGGUUCAGAUGGGAAAGGAGCGGUUUUGAAGACAACCCAGUUGUCCAAUCUCACCCAACAGGGUAAAAAUGGAAGCUUUAAUGGUGAUGAAGUAAGAUUUCAACAGAAAACCAAUGAUCCCAAUAAUAUUACAUCGGAUUUAAAAAAAGUAGAAAAUGGAAGCUUUUCUGGAAAAGAAGAUGUGACUAUUGAGAAUACAACUUCAGGGGUGGUGUCAUUGAAAAAUUUCAGUGAUGGUGAUAAUAAAGGCAGAGGAAACAAUACCAAGGGCAAUGUUAUUGUUAAUGUUACUUCUCAAGUUGAGAAAAUAAAGAGUGAUUCUUUAGAGAAAUGCAAUAUUUUUGAUGGUAAAUGGGUUAGAGAUGAUUCAAAGCCUUACUAUCCUCCGGGCUCUUGCCCUCAUAUUGACAGAGAUUUUGAUUGCCACUUAAACGGAAGGCCAGACAAUGGAUAUGUCAAAUGGAAAUGGCAGCCAAAUGGGUGUGAAAUUCCAAGUCUUAAUGCGACUGAUUUUCUAGAGAGGCUUAGGGGAAAGAAUUUGGUAUUUGUUGGUGAUUCAUUGAACAGAAACAUGUGGGAGUCUCUUGUUUGUAUUCUUCGCCAAAGUAUCAAAAACAAGAAGAAAGUUUAUGAGAUUUCGGGGAAGAGAGAGUUCAAGAAGAAAGGCUUUUAUGCAUUCAGAUUCGAGGACUAUAAUUGUUCUGUAGAUUUUGUUAGCUCUCCUUUUCUUGUUAGACAAUCUUCAUUCAAUGGCAAGAAUGGAUCAUUUGAGACUCUAAGACUAGAUUUGAUGGAUCAGACUACUAAAAUGUAUUAUGAUGCUGAUAUCUUAAUCUUCAACACUGGCCAUUGGUGGACCCAUGAGAAAACUUCUAAAGGAGAAGAUUACUACCAAGAAGGCAAUUAUGUGCACCCUAGAUUAAAGGUGCUUGAAGCUUAUACAAGGGCCCUUAGAACUUGGGGCAAAUGGGUUGAUAAAAAUGUUGAUAGCAACAGAACACAAGUCUUCUUUAGAGGAUAUUCAGUCACCCAUUUCAGAGGAGGGCCAUGGAACUCAGGAGGACAAUGCCACAAAGAAACCGAGCCGAUUUUCAACAACACUUAUUUAGCUAAGUACAAUAAAAAGAUGAGGGCUUUAGAGUAUGUGAUUCAAGAUAUGAAAACUCCAGUGACAUAUCUAAACAUAAGCAGGCUUACAGAUUACAGAAAAGAUGGUCACCCUUCGAUUUAUCGAAUGGAAUAUAAAUCAGUAGAGGAGCAAAUUGCUGCUGUACAUUCUCAAGAUUGCAGCCAUUGGUGUUUGCCUGGUGUUCCAGAUACUUGGAAUGAGUUACUAUAUGUUUCUUUGUUAAAGACCAACAUAGGAUCUUGGAGAUACUAAACAAAGUUAUACACAAAAAAACCACAUAUUUUCAUGUAAAUUUUAGUCCUUUUUUUUCUUGGUUAAAUUUCUCCUGCUAUUAAUUUUAGUCCUCGGGUUUUACUUUACAUGUAUAUCGUGAGGAUGAGAUUAUAAACUCAUUGCCUUUAGCAAGUCGAUAUUACAUAGUUUUUUUCUUUUUA